UAUAAUUUGUGUUGUGCCCAUCGUGAGAACAGAAGUUACAAAGGUAGUGGAAGUCAACUAAAGAAAGUGGACUCGAUCCAGGGGGAGGUGUUGUGUUCCUCACAGUAAAAACAAAAGCAUAUUCCAUGGUGACUUCUUUGAACAAGAAACUCUUCAGACAUUAAUAGCUAAGGGACAGAGACUUCCAUUGUUCUCAGUUUGUGUAUCCACGAACUCCACAAAACCUAAUAAGAAAAAACAAAAACAACUUUUAUUAAAACAAUAAAGUCAUUAACGAUGCCUGCGCUAAAAGUGUUAUCGGCGUUAGAUGUGGCGAGGAUACAGUGGUACCAUUUCAAGGCGAUAAUCGUCGCCGGAAUGGGUCUAUUCACCGACGCUUACGAUCUAUUUUGUAUAGCUCCGAUCAUGAAAAUGAUCGGCCAUAUCUAUUACCACAAAGACUCCAUCGGAACCGCUGUUCUCUCCACUUCUUACGCCAUCGCUCUCCUCGGCACCGCCUUAGGUCAGCUCAUCUUCGGCUACUUAGGCGACCGUGUCGGCCGCCGACGAGUCUACGGUCUUUGUCUCAUGAUCAUGGUCUUAAGCUCCUUUGGCUGUGGAUUCUCCGUCUGCACGACUCGCCGUUCUUGCGUCAUAGCAAGUCUUGGCUUCUUUAGAUUCGUCCUCGGGCUAGGGAUUGGUGGAGACUACCCUCUCUCCGCCACGAUCAUGUCGGAGUUCGCUAAUAAACGGUCGCGUGGGACAUUUAUCGCCGCCGUGUUCUCCAUGCAGGGGCUAGGAAUCUUGAUGAGCUCUGCCGUUACGAUGGCUGUGUGUGAGGCGUUCAAGAACGCCGGAAAAGGGAGUUUGGAGAAAAUGAGAGCGGCGGGGGAGGAGACUUUUGCUCCAUGGGAAUCGGAUAUUGCUUGGAGGUUGAUUCUGAUGAUUGGUGCUCUUCCCGCCGCGUUAACGUUCUACUGGCGAAUGCUUAUGCCUGAAACUGCCAGAUACACAGCAUUAGUUGAGAACAAUGCAACUCAAGCAGCAAGAGACAUGCAAAAAGUCAUGUCCGAAUCCAUAUUAUCUCAAAUAGCCGAAGAUUCAUCGUCGGAGCCACCACAACCACCCUCUUCUUCCUCAUACAAACUCUUCUCUCGCCGUUUCUUCAGCCUCCAUGGCCGUGACCUCUUCGCUGCCUCAGCCAAUUGGUUCCUAGUCGACGUCGUCUUCUACACAAGCAACCUCCUCCUCUCUCAAAUCUUCACCUUCUCCAACAAACCUCCCAAUUCCACAAACGUCUACGACUCAGCCUUCGAAGUGGCUAAGGUCGCUGCCAUCGUAGCCGCGUGCUCAACCAUCCCCGGUUACUGGUUCACGGUUUACUUCAUUGAUAGAGUUGGUCGAGUCAAGAUUCAGAUAAUGGGGUUUUUUCUCAUGGCCGUUGUUUACUUAGCCGCUGGCAUCCCCUACAGUUGGUACUGGUCUAAGCAUGAGAAGACUAAUAAAGGCUUCAUGGUUCUCUACGGACUGAUCUUCUUCUUUAGCAACUUUGGUCCAAAUACGACAACGUUUAUAAUCCCAGCUGAGCUUUUUCCGACAAGGUUUAGGUCUACGUGUCAUGGUAUUUCCGGAGCUGCCGGGAAGCUUGGGGCGAUUGUUGGGACUGUUGGUUUCUUGUGGGCCACGAAACACGAGGACGAGGACAAAGAAGAUAUUUUCCCAGACGUGAAACGGGUGAGGAUCGCGUUUUUGAUCCUUGGCGGCGUUUGUAUCGCUGGAGUGUUGGUGACGUACUUCUUCACGCGUGAAACUAUGGGAAGAUCGCUAGAAGAGAACGAAGAGGACGAGAAUGGUACCACGGUAGCACCAGGAGGGUCAUCAUCUGCUAAUGAGUUGCUUCCAAGACAAUAGUGAUUUUGAUAUCACAACAUAUAUAAUCAAUCUUCUUUUGAUAUUUCCUCUCUAAUAUUCCUUGGUUUUUGAUGUUCGAUACUCACAUAUGCUUGUUUCCUCGAAUGUUUUCUUCUUUUUCACAUUUUAA